CCGCAGCAGCCACCCCGCCAGCGCCCGCCGCACGGUGCUGCGCUGGAAGAAAAACUUCCCGCGCUUCGGCAGAGUCGCUGCACCUACUCCCAAGUGACUUGGGAAGUCCCGGCCGCAGCCAGCUCCCCGCGCACUUUCAAAGAAAAAUAGUAACUGUUAACUUUAACAAUCCAGAGAGAGGUCAGGAAGACUCUACGCUCCGGACCCGAACAAUAGCCCGCUCUCUCGGUGCGCUGCUGCACACGGUGAAUCCCAGAGCUCGGGCGCAGCGAGUGGCCCCCGCAGGGACUCGAAGGCGCGCGCCGGACGGCGACAUGGGGAACACGAAGCCGGCGAGGCGGCCCCGGAGCUCACAGCCCGCACCCUCACUGUUGCUGCUCGCGGCCGUCGCGGCACUGCUGACUGUGCCCGGUGCGGCGGAGGAAGAGGAGCUGGUGCUGCCCGCGCUGGAGCGCCCCCUGGAACCCGGGACCACGCACCUCUACCUGUAUGCCUUCGGCCGGCGUCUGCACCUGGAGCUGCAGCACGACCUCGAUUUCCUGGCUCCCGGCUUCACGCUGCAGACCGUGGGGCGGAGACCCGAGCCGGAGGCGCUGCUCCCGGACUCCUUCGACGACUUGGCGCAGUGCUUCUACACCGGCACCGUGAACGGCGAUCCUGACUCGGCUGCCGCCUUCACCCUCUGCCGGGGCAUACGCGGCGCCUUCUACCUGAAGAAAGAAGUGUACUUCAUGGAGCCCGCGACCGCCGCCGACACCGCGCGCCUCGCCCCCGACGCUGUCGGGGAGGAGCUGCCGCCGCAGCAGCAGUUCCAUCUCCUGAAGCGGAGGCAGUGGGGCAGCGGCGCCAAGUGCGGGGUCGAGGACGACGAAACCCUGCCUCCUAGAGGCGAGGGGUCUGAGGACGGGGACACGCGGGCGCAGGGGUCGCAGCGAGGCCGUGCGCCGCAGAGCGCUGAUCAGCCAACAGGAACUAGACGCCUAAGAAAGAAGCGAUUUGUGUCCAGCCCCCGCUAUGUGGAAACCAUGCUUGUGGCAGACCAGUCCAUGGCAGACUUCCACGGCAGUGGUCUGAAGCACUACCUUCUCACCCUGUUUUCGGUGGCAUCCAGGUUGUAUAAACACCCCAGUAUUCGGAAUUCGGUUAGUCUGGUGGUGGUGAAGAUUCUGGUCAUCUAUGAGGAUCAGAAGGGGCCAGAAGUGACCUCCAAUGCUGCCCUCACCCUGCGGAACUUCUGCAACUGGCAAAAGCAGCAUAAUCCACCCAGCGAUCGGGAUGCGGAGCACUAUGAUACAGCAAUUCUUUUCACCAGACAGGACCUGUGUGGGGCCCAGACAUGUGAUACUCUGGGAAUGGCUGAUGUUGGAACUGUGUGUGAUCCCAGCAGAAGCUGCUCAGUCAUAGAAGAUGACGGUUUACAAGCAGCCUUCACCACAGCCCAUGAAUUAGGUCACGUGUUUAACAUGCCACAUGAUGAUGCAAAGCAGUGUGCCGGCAUUAACGGCAUGAGCCGAGAUUCCCACCUGAUGGCAUCUAUGCUGUCCAAUCUGGAUCGCAGCCAGCCUUGGUCUCCCUGCAGUGCCUACAUGAUUACAUCCUUUCUGGAUAACGGGCAUGGUGAAUGUUUGAUGGACAAGCCCCAGAGCCCCAUGCAGCUUCCCUCCGAUCUCCCCGGGACCUUGUAUGAUGCCAACCGGCAGUGCCAGUUUACGUUUGGGGAGGAAUCCAAACACUGCCCUGACGCAGCCAGCACAUGCAUGAUUCUGUGGUGCACCGGCACCUCGGGCGGGCAGCUGGUGUGCCAGACCAAACACUUUCCUUGGGCAGACGGCACCAGCUGCGGAGAAGGGAAAUGGUGUGUUGGUGGGAAGUGCGUGAAUAAGACCGACGGGAAGCAUUUCGAUACCCCCGUUCAUGGAAGUUGGGGGCCAUGGGGACCCUGGGGAGAUUGUUCGAGGACAUGUGGUGGAGGAGUUCAAUAUACAAUGAGGGAAUGUGACAACCCAGUCCCAAAGAAUGGAGGAAAGUACUGUGAAGGCAAGCGUGUUCGCUACCGGUCAUGUAACAUUGAGGACUGUCCAGAUAAUAAUGGAAAAACCUUUAGAGAGGAACAGUGCGAGGCACACAAUGACUUUUCAAAAGCUUCCUUUGGGACUGGGCCGGCGGUGGAGUGGACCCCUAAGUAUGCUGGUGUUUCGCCAAAGGACAGGUGCAAGCUCAUCUGUCAAGCCAAAGGCAUUGGCUACUUCUUUGUUUUGCAGCCCAAGGUUGUCGAUGGAACUCCAUGCAGUCCCGAUUCCACCUCUGUCUGUGUGCAAGGACAGUGUGUGAAAGCCGGUUGUGAUCGCAUCAUAGACUCCAAAAAGAAGUUUGAUAAAUGUGGUAUUUGUGGAGGAAAUGGAUCUACUUGCAAGAAAAUAUCGGGAUCGGUUACUAGUGCAAAACCAGGAUAUCACGAUAUUGUCACAAUUCCAACUGGAGCCACCAACAUUGAAGUGAAACAACGGAAUCAGAGGGGAUCCAGAAAUAACGGGAGCUUUCUUGCCAUCCGAGCUGCCGAUGGCACAUAUAUCCUUAACGGCGACUUCACUCUGUCCACUUUAGAGCAAGACAUUACAUACAAAGGGAGCGUCUUGAGGUACAGUGGCUCCUCAGCAGCGCUGGAAAGAAUUCGCAGCUUCAGCCCCCUCAAAGAGCCCUUGACCAUCCAGGUCCUUACCGUGGGCAAUGCCCUUCGCCCUAAAAUUAAAUACACCUAUUUCGUGAAGAAGAAGAAGGAAUCUUUCAAUGCCAUCCCUACGUUCUCAGAAUGGGUCAUUGAAGAGUGGGGUGAGUGUUCCAAGUCCUGUGGAUCGGGCUGGCAGAGAAGAUUGGUAGAAUGCCGAGACAUUAACGGGCAGCCUGCUUCGGAGUGCGCAAAAGAAGUGAAGCCAGCCAGCACCCGACCUUGUGCAGAGGUGCCUUGUCCCCACUGGCAGCUGGGGGAGUGGUCGCCAUGUUCUAAGACUUGUGGGAAGGGGUACAAAAAGAGAACCUUGAAGUGUCUGUCCCAUGAAGGGGGGGUGUUGUCCCAAGAGAGCUGUGAUCCUUUAAAGAAGCCUAAACAUUACAUAGAUUUUUGCACGCUGGCAGAAUGCAGUUAAGCAGUGUCAGUUGUGAGGGAGAGGUGUAAAGUGGAGAAGGGUUGAUGCAAUGAAAUCAAGAAGGCUGGGGAUAUCGAGUGUACCUUGCAACAGGUGCAUCAGUGAGAUGGGAGGAUGGAAGUAAGUAGAUAAGGAGUUAGGGCAUCGGACUACCCUGCCAGUUACAAAUUCAAUAGGAGGAUUAGGAAAAGAUGAUAAUGCUCCAGGGCAUUAUUAUUAUUUCUUGUAUCUAUUAGAAGUUUAAAAAAAUAUACAGAAGCAACUGCUAACUCCAGUUUCCUGGUACUGAUUAAAUCCUUGGUAUCACGGGGAGACGAAAAGCAGAAGAGAAGAUCUUCAAUUUAAGACCUGGCUUACUGUAGCUCACUAGUGAUGGAGAAGUGGAGGACAAAUAGGAUCUUGGGCCUGCAUUAUUUAUGCCUGCUAUGGUUUCCAAGAAUAUUUAUACCAUCUGAUUUCUCAAGAGUUCAGAGUUCCAGCCAGAAAAGAAGUGCUCAGCAAUGUGAAAUGACUCAAGUAGCUCCAUCUUUAUUUUGUUUUGUAUCAUCUUAGCCUUUAUUUGUGUAAUAAUUUUUGGUGACAAAAUUAAUUUUGUAAAAUUGCAACAAGGCUCCAAACACAAGCAGCAGCAGUGUAUCUGUUGCUGGGAAAGCCUAGAGGAAAACUAAUGAGCUUGGUGCCUCCUCCCUUUCUUUCCUUCCUCUGUAGGCCUACUUUAGGAAUAUGGAUGUGAAGAAAUAAUUUAUAUCUUGAAAGAUCACACCCAAAGAGUAUAACGCCAGAACAAGAACAGAGCAUGCAGACGUGAGGUCUCACGUGUCUGAGAUCACCUGUCUCGUCAUGGGGAGGCUGCUGAGGGGUAGCAGGCCCAUCCCCAGCAGCUGUUUGAACAUUCUUGGUGGAUGUCUGUCCAGCUCUUAUACUCUGAGAGCAAACAUGAUAUUUCCCAUAUGUAUAUAGUAAAAUAUGUUACUAUAAAUUAUAUGUACUUUAUAAGUACUGUUUUGUGUAUUCCUUCUAAGAAGGACUAUAGUUGUAAUAAAUGCCUAUAAUAACAUAUUUAUUUUUAUAUUUUCCUUUCUAAUGAUAAAACCUUUAAGUUAUAUAACAUUUGUAAAAUAUCAUAUAAAAAUAGAGUAUUUAUACAAUAUAUAUU